UUGUUGACAACAAAAAACAAUGUGCUAAAUUUUAUUUCAAAACUCCAAACUCAUAAAGUGUAACAACUUUUUGGAAAUUCAUUAACUUAACAAUUAUUACUCACUAGUUAACGUAAAUUACAAAAUGUUACGCAGUUUUAAUUUAAAAAAACCAAACUAAAAGAUUUAUAAAAUAACUUAAAAAAAUCCAUAAAUGUUUAGGAAUAUCAAAAUUGCUCUUCAAACCUCCAUUCCAUUAAAUGUAAAUAAGUUUCGUGUUUCCACCUUAAGUAAUUCAAAAUUGAAAUUAAAUAAACUUCUAAUAAGUAUGCCAAAAGAACGUGAACAUAUUGCUGAAGCGCAAAAGCAGAGGCAAAAAAUUAAGGAAAAAAGUUCAAAAUAUAUACCCGGCACGGUUAAUUUACAAGUUCUUGGGAAUGGAUCAAGUUCAGCACCAGCUGUUGUUUAUUUAUUUACUGAUCAAAAUAGAUAUUUGUUUAAUUGUGGAGAAGGUACACAAAGAUUAGCUCAUGAGCAUAAAACAAAAUUAUCACGUUUAGAGCAUAUUUUUAUGACACGUACAAGUUGGGAUCGUUUAGGUGGUUUACCAGGUUUAACAUUAACAGUUCAAGAUUCUGGUGUACCAAAUUUAACAUUACAUGGACCACCCGGUCUGGAUGAAAUUUUUCGUGGAAUGGAACGUUUUGUUGUCCUAAAAGAUUUAAAAGUAAGUACUGUAAAUUAUGAAAAUGGUGGAGAUUUUGAAGAUCAAGUUAUGACAGUAAAAUGUAUUCCAUUAAAAAUUGAUAAAUAUGAAAACAAUAAUGAUGCCAAGUCAAGUGAUUUAAAAGAAGAAAUUCCAGAGAUUGAUGAUACAGAUUAUUAUGAAUAUGAAAAUAAAAAGAAGGAUGAAAGACAAUCACCAAUUUCGAUUAAUGUUAAAAAUAUUUCAUCAGAAAAUUAUCAGCGAAGAGAAGAAUUUAUGACUUGCGCCUACAUAUGCAAAUUGAAGCCUAAACCUGGAUCAUUAAAUCUAGAAAAAUGUGUUGAUAAAGGUGUACCACCCGGACCAUUACUGGGUCAACUUAAAAAUGGUUUUGAUGUAGAAUUACCGGAUGGAACAAUUGUAAAGUCUGAUGAUGUACGGGCUCCAACUGAUCCUGGGCCUGUAUUUAUAUUUAUCGACGUUCCAAAUGAAGAUUAUCUAGUCGCAUUAGAGAAACAAGCAAAUUGUUUUGAAGAUUAUCAAGCAAAAUCAGAAAAUGAAGAUAAUAAGGCUAUUUUAAUAAUUCAUUUUACACCACAGAAUAUUAUACAAACAGAAGCAUACAAAAAAUUCAUGAUGAAAUUUCCAAAUACAACUCAACAUUUAAUAUUGAAUUCUUCUAAUAGAUUUUCUGGUUAUGUAGCUACUCAUCGUAUUCAAUAUCAAUUAAAUCAAAUUCACAGUGGAAUCUUUCCAUUGCUUAAGGAGAGCAUAGAUUUAAAUAUAGAUCAAUUAGAAAGGCCAACAAAAAAGUUGAAAUUAUUACCAGACAAUAUUAAUUCACAAAUUAAAAUUAUAGAAAAAGAAAAUUCUCUUAAUUGUAUACCAGAUGUAAUUACUUUAACUUCUUUUAAUUUAAGACCAAAAAAAUCAUUAGAUAGAUCAUAUGAACCUCAAUUUACACCAGAUGAAUAUAUUGAAGAAACCCAUGCGGUAGAAGGAUUUUUAGAAUCACUUCAUAAUUUCAAAAAUAUUUAUAAUAAAAUAAAUUCUGAAGAGAAUGAUGAUUCUAUUACAAAAUUAAAUUAUCCAAAAAUUUUAUUUCUGGGAACAGGUUCAUGUAUUCCCAAUAAAACACGCAAUGUUAGUUCAAUACUUUUAAAUAUAAAUUCUAGUUCUUGUAUAUUAUUUGAUUGUGGUGAAGGUACUUGGGGUCAAAUAAUAAGAUUCUAUGGAGAAAAUGAAGCAUUAGAAAUUUUACAUAAUUUAAAAGCGAUAUUUGUUUCACAUUUACAUGCAGAUCAUCACAUAGGUCUAAUAGGAUUAUUAAAGGCUCGCCAAUUGUUAAAAAUUGAAACACCCAUACUUCUAUUUGCCCCUGCACAAAUUAAAAAUUGGUUAAAUUUUUAUGAUAGACGAAUCGAAAAACUUUCUACAGAAUAUUCUUUAAUUCCUAAUGCUGAUUUGAUUACAACCCCCUAUAAUACAUUAUAUACAGAAGAAAUGGGUAUUAAAUCUAUAUCAACUUGUCUAGUACGACAUUGUCCUCAUGCAUUUGGUAUUGCAAUUGAAUUAAUUGAAGAAUUUAAUAUGAAACCAAUAAAAAUUACAUAUAGUGGUGAUACAAUGCCAUGUGAUGAAUUAAUUAAAUUAGGAAUGAAUUCAACUAUUUUAAUACAUGAAGCAACAAUGGAAGAUGAAUUACAGCAUGAAGCAAUAUAUAAAAUGCAUAGUACAGUUUCACAAGCUAUAAGUCAAGGUGAAAGAAUGCAAUCACAAUAUACAAUUUUAACACAUUUUAGUCAAAGAUAUGCAAAAUUACCAAGAAUUGAAAAUGAUAUUGGACAAAAAGUUGGUCUAGCUUUUGAUAAUAUGGAAAUAUGUUUAAAGGAUAUUAAAUAUUUACCUUUAAUGUAUCCAACUUUAAAAAUUAUGUUUACAGAACAUUGUGAAGAAUUAGAACAAAAAGCUGUUAAACGUGCCCUCAAAAAAGAAAGAAAACGUCAAUCGAUACCAGAAAAUAAAAAUUUUAAAGAAAUUACUAGAUGACAUUAUAAAAGAAAUUUGAAUUUAAUUAAAUCAGAAAAAAAAAUUAAAAAUUUUAUAGGAUUUUUCAAAAUACAAUUAUAAUUAUACUUAUAAAAAUUUAUUAAAAUAUUAAAAAUUUUUGCAUAAAAUGCUAAAAUUCUUUAAAAAUAAAAAAU